AUGAAUCUGGGUCCUAGAGGAGUACAAUUGGGCGUGCAGACUCAGGUCGCCAACCCGGAAGAGGUCUUCCAGGUUGUUCAGGCGAGCACGUCGCAGGAUGUUGCAACCAUGACUGCAGGCAGCGAGCGGUUGAAGGCGCUGCUCGAGCAACAGGGAGCGCACGCGAUAUUGCUCGAGAUAGCGGCGCAAACGACCCUCCCGCUUAAUGUACGGCAGCUGGCUAUUCUGCAGUUCAAGAACCACAUCGGAAGUCGAUGGCGCAACCGUAGGCUAUUGACGGACGGGCACCGCACACAUAUGAGGACACUGCUCUUGUCCUUCCUGGACGAAACGGACGAGACCAUCGCAAGUUGCGUGGAGGAGGUGCUGGGCAAGAUAUCUCGCAGUGAUUACCCGAGCCAAUGGCCGAAUCUCCUGGAAACCCUCAUGCAGGUCGUCUACACCGAGUUCCCCAAACGUUCCUCCAUGACGGAAGAGAAUCCAGCCGCAGCCCUCCGCCUCAGACGCGCUCUUCGCCUCAUCUACAAGGUCGUCAAGCAAUUCUACUCUCAGAGGCUCCUCGCUGGCGUUCGCGUCAUGGCUUCCAUCAUCGCGCAACUCCACGCGCAUCUCUCUCAAUGCUACACCCAGCUUCUGGAUGGCCUCUCCGCUUCGUCAAUCAACGAGAUCGCGCUCGUCACGCCCAGAAUACAGAACGACAUCGUCAUCUCGCACGUCCUGUUCAAAAUCCUGAACACCAUGCACGUCUGGAUAUUUCAGAAGGCUGGCAAGCCAGGCGAGGAUGCUUCUCUCGCCGAGUGGGCCAAUGCCUUCUUCCAGCACACUAUACAAGAAGUACGCCACUUCGUCGCCCUCCGAUCGAGCUUCGUCGCGUCAGUCCUCGCGAGCAACCGUCUGAGCGACGCGGCGUGCAGGAAAACGAUGGACCUACUGGUGAAGAGGAUCAAGGGCUACGGCAAGUUCUACUUCCGCCUCGCCAUGCUGAACCCAGGGCGGUUCGUGGAGCUACCGAGCUGUACGGAUAUGAUCAUGUUCUACUGGACGGAGAUUGAGAAGGCGACGGAGGCGCCACCGCAGAGUAUAGCAGACUCGAACUACGCACCAUAUCCAGUCCGGUUUUUGGUCCAGGGCAUGAUGCUGUUCAGGAUAUCCGCUAGCCAGUGGAAGCCUCGCAACAAGGAUGGCACACCGAACCCGAGAGAACAUCUUUCCCGAGAAUUCGUCGAGAACGCAGUGCGCUUCCUCGUCACGCGCUUCAUGCCCCUCAAUCCGCACGACCUCGAGUCGUGGUCGAACGACCCCGAGGAGUGGGUGAACGCAGAAGACAAGGAGAACGACCAGUGGGAGUUUGAGAUCAGACCGUGUAGCGAACGCGUGCUGGUGACACUGUGUAACCAAUACCCGGAAGUCGUGACCCCAUUGUUGCAAGCAGCCUUCAAGGACAUCGCCUACAAAGAGAUGACCGACCUCCAAGGCGUCGUCCAAAAGGAAGCUAUCUACUGCGCCAUCGGCCGCUGCUGCCACAAGCUCAAAGAGGCAAUCCCCUUCGCGGAGUGGGCGCAGAAGAUCCUCGUGGCGGAGGCGACGAGCACGAAUCCGACGUAUCCCAUCCUAAAGCGUCGGAUUGCGUGGCUGAUUGGGCAGUGGGUGUCGUCGGGCAUGACGUCGCCGAAUAAUUCGACGUUGUGGGAGUUGCUGGUGCAUUUGUUGGGGGAUCGGAGCCAGGGGACGGAUGCGGUCGUGAGGUUGACAGCGGUGGAGGCGUUGAGGCAGUGUGUGGAUACACUUGAGUUUGACCCAACUGUCUUUCAACCCUUCCUGCCCCGAUGCAUCGAAGAGUUGUUGCGCAUGCUUGGCGAGGCAGAGACGCAGGAGGGCAAGAACCGGGUCGCGAAGGCCUUGAACACGGUCAUCGCUCAGUGCAAGAAGAAUGUUGUGCCGUUCAUCAGCAUGAUUGCCCAGCCGAUACCGCAGCUAUGGACGGAGUCUGAGCAAUCCGAAGACGCGUCGUUCAAGGCAACGCUCCUAGAGACUGUCACAAGCUUAGUCAAUGUUGUCAAGGAGGAAUCGACGCCGCUUGCGCCUCUGGUCGUACCCUUGGUGAAGGAUGCGCUCACUACCAAGAUCACGACCUUCGUCGAUGAGGAUGGCUUCGAGCUGCUGCACUCCGCCCUCCGCAACACCACGAGCAUCUGGUCCGUCAACGGCGGGCCUUGCCUCGCCGACCUCUUCCCCGUCCUCAUCGCGUACCUCGCGGACAACCUCGACAUCCUCGGCCGCACGGUCCAAUGCCUCGAAUCCUUCUACCUCCUCGACGCCCCGGGGCUGCUCCAGCGGCACGCCAUGCCCCUCUUCGAGGCGUACCUACAAGCGCUCAACAGCGACGCCGUCUGCGUCAACAACUGCCAGAUGAUCGGCUCGCUGGCGCUGCUGGUCCGCCUGGCCCCCGCGCCGCUGUGGGGCGAGGCCCUGCAUACGUCGGGCCUGUUCGCAAAGCUGCUGAGGACGCUGAUGGACGGGGAGGUGGAAACGCUGCUGCUGAUCGAGCAUGUGUUCCUGUUCUCGAGGAUCGUGCUGGCGGACCGGCAGGUGUUUGUGACGCUGAUGACGGCGACCGCGGAGAAGACCGGAAUGGCAGAGGAUAAGCUGUACGAGCUGCUGCUCGACCAGUGGUGGGGGAAGUUCGACAACAUGGGCGAGCCCUGGAAUCGCAAGCUGACGGCCAUGGGCAUCGCGUCGCUCGUGGCGACCGGGAAGGACCGAGUACUCAAGCGUCUGUCCGGCGAGGUCUUCAACAUCUGGCUUGACUGCUUCGGGGAGAUCAAGGAGGCGCAGACCGAGGCGAGCGAACCUGGCGAGUUCUCGCAUGGCCUCAGGCGAAUGUGGGAGAACGAAGACGCCCCAGAGAAAUUCUAUGCGGGCUCUGAGGAUACUGUCGAAUACGAGCGCAGGAAAGCGCUCUACGAGCAUGAUCCUGUCCGAACUGCGCAGCUGACGGCCUUUGUCAAAGCCUGCAUGGAUGAGGUCGCCUUGCGCGUUGGGCCUCAGCAGCUAGAAGGUGUUUACUUGAAGGACGCCGACCAGGCGGUCCUUCGCGAAAUCUACAAAAACUUGGGUAUCAUUGCAUGA